UGGCCUUGACGGGACGGGGGCGCGCGAGUACACCGCGGCCAGCGGCGACUUUUUCCUUUUUAUUUUUCCUUUUUAAUCCCGAAAACUUCGCCAUCGCCCCGAAAACAGACCGAAUAACCGAUCCACCGGUAGCAGAUCACCGUCACCGGAGAGAUAGCGGGAGAUCAGCGGCGCGCGGCCUCGGGGACAAACUUUCUCACCGGCGCUCGUAACAGCGGCGUGAAUCUCGCGCAUGUCCGUGAUUUAACGAGAGUAGAAAUUACCCGACACGAGCAAAAAUACUGUAAAACACCGUCAAAUACCGUUAAACUACCGUGAAUGUGGAAAACAGCCAGCCGCGGCGCCCCCGCCCGUGUCCUCCGGUGAAACUGACGGUAAAGUGACGGUAAAGUCUCUCAUCCGAGUCUUCAGCUCAUCUGAUCUUCAUGAGGAGUGUGUGACCGGACAGAAGGACACACACCGGCGGCGGAAGGAUGGCUGCGUCAGUGAAGGUGGCAGUAAGAGUUCGGCCCUUCAACUCCCGUGAAAACAGCAAAGAUGCAAAAUGUGUCAUACAGAUGCAGGGAAACACUACCUGUAUCUGGAACCCCAAACAGUCCAAAGAUGCAGCAAAGAACUUCACCUUUGAUUAUUCUUACUGGUCUCAUAGUACGGAGGAAGACCCAGCAUUUGCGUCUCAGCGUCAGGUGUAUCUGGACAUCGGAGAGGAAAUGUUACUUCACGCGUUUGAAGGAUAUAAUGUAUGUAUAUUCGCUUACGGUCAGACCGGUGCGGGAAAAUCCUACACCAUGAUGGGCAAACAAGAACCUGGACAACGAGGCAUCAUACCACAGAUGUGUGAGGAUCUCUUCCAACGCACCAGCGAGAACACCGACCCUGAGCUGUCGUACUCUGUAGAGGUGUCCUUUAUGGAGAUCUACUGUGAGCGAGUGAGAGAUCUGUUGAACCCAAAAAGUAAAGGAGCGCUCCGAGUCAGAGAGCAUCCCAUCAUGGGUCCGUAUGUAGAAGACCUGUCCAAACUCGCGGUGACAUCAUACGAUGACAUCAGAGACCUCAUGGACGCGGGAAACAAGGCCAGGACGGUGGCGGCGACAAACAUGAACGAAACGAGCAGUCGCUCGCACGCUGUCUUCACUAUCGUCUUCACGCAACGCCGGCGAGAUCAGCUGACCAACCUCGACACAGAGAAGGUGAGUAAGGUGAGUCUGGUGGAUUUGGCGGGCAGUGAGCGAGCAGACUCAUCAGGAGCUAAAGGGGUCAGAUUGAAGGAAGGAGCAAAUAUUAAUAAAUCUCUCACUACACUGGGGAAGGUCAUAUCUGCACUGGCUGAAAUGCAAAGCAGCAAAAGAAAGAAGGCUGAAUUCAUCCCGUAUAGAGACUCAGUGCUCACCUGGAUACUGAAGGAGAAUCUGGGAGGUAAUUCUCGUACUGCGAUGAUUGCGGCUCUCAGUCCUGCCGAUAUUAACUAUGAAGAAACUCUCAGCACACUCCGAUAUGCUGACCGUGCAAAGCAGAUCCGCUGUAAUGCUGUAAUUAAUGAAGAUCCAAACGCCCGUCUAAUCCGAGAACUGAAGGAGGAAGUGAACAGACUGAGAGAUCUGCUGCUGUCACAGGGACUCAGUCAACUCGUCACACAACCAGCUGCUGAAGUCAAUAAUAACAGUGUUUGUGUGAGUCUCCUGUCUGCUGGCCCUGGAUCUAACGCAGCUCCACCAAUCACAACACCUGAAGCAAGUGAAGGGUCCGCCUCUGAAGCUGACCCUUCCCCUGGUGAUGCUGACAGCCAAAUAGAAGAGUUUCAGGGGGAGAUGAUUACCAAUGAGGAAGCAGUGGAGAGACUGAAGGAAACAGAAAAGAUUAUUGCUGAGUUGAACGAGACAUGGGAGGAGAAACUGAGGAAAACUGAGUCUAUACGACUGGAGAGAGAGACUCUUCUGGCUGAGAUGGGUGUGUCCAUUAAAGAAGAUGGAGGAACUGUUGGAGUAUUUUCACCUAAAGGGACUCCUCAUCUGGUGAAUCUGAAUGAAGAUCCUCUGAUGUCCGAGUGUCUGCUGUACUACAUCAAAGAGGGUGUCACCAGAGUCGGUCAGAAGGAUGUGGAUAUUAAACUGAGUGGUCAGUUUAUUAAAGAACAGCACUGUGUGUUUUACAGCUACAUCAACCACAACGGAGAAGUGGAAGUGGCUCUGGAGCCGUUGGAUGGAGCAGAGACGUAUGUGAACGGGAAGCAGAUCAAUGAGUGUGUGCUGCUCAAACAGGGUAACCGUAUAGUGAUGGGUAAGAAUCAUGUGUUCAGAUUCAAUCACCCCGAGCAGGCACGUCUGGAGAGAGAGCGCAGCACGUGUCUGGAGCAGCAGGGCGAGCCGGUGGACUGGAACUACGCUCAGAGAGAGCUGCUGGAGAAACAGGGCAUUGACAUCAAACUAGAGAUGGACAGGAGGUUACAGGACGUGGAGGUUCAGUACCGCAGAGAGAAAGAGGAAGCAGAUCUACUGCUAGAACAACAGAGACUGUAUGCAGAUUCAGACAGUGGUGAUGACUCUGAUAAACGCUCCUGUGAAGAGAGCUGGAGACUCAUUUCAUCCCUCAGAGAGAAACUUCCAGCUAACAAGGUGCAAUCUAUAGUGAAGCGCUGCGGUUUACCCAGCAGUGGCAAACGUCGAGAGCCGUUACGAGUGUACCAGAUACCACAGCGACGGAGAAUCUGCAAAGACCCCGAGCAGGUGACCAUUAGCGAUCUGAAGCUGCAGGCUGUCAAGGAGAUCUGUUACGAGGUGGCGCUCGGAGACUUCCGGCACUCUCGCCGCGAGAUGGAGGCGCUCGCCAUCGUUAAGAUGAAGGAACUAUGCCGCAUGUACGGCAAACGUGCCGCUGCAGAGAAAGACACAUGGAAAGAGGUGGCGCAGGAUGUGUGGGAUACAGUGGGCAUCGGAGACGAACGGGCUCAUGACACGACUGAUGCCAACACGGACCGAGAAACCAGUAAAACCGGCGUGUACAAUCUGAAAGCGCACAUCGACAAACUGACCGAUAUUUUACAGGAAGUUAAAGAGCAAAAUAACAUGAAGGACGAGGAGAUCAAAGCGCUCCGAGACCGAAUGAUGAAGAUGGAGAGGAUCAUUCCUGUACAGCAGGAGGACGAAUCAUCAGAGGAUCUGACUGUGGAGGGCGGUGAGGGGCGGGGCGAUGAGGAGGAUGGGUGUGGCACUCUCCCUAAAGAGCAGCGAGUGUCACGGCUGAUGGAGGAAGACCCCGCCUUCCGAAGGGGCCGCAUGCGCUGGCUCAAACAAGAGCAGACGCGCAUACACAAUCUGCAGCAGCAGCAAAUCACCAAGCGGCUGCGUAGAGGUGGCGGGGCUGGCAGCGGAGAGGGUGAUGUCCACCUUCCCGGUACGGGCCGCUUUAUUCCGCCGCAGGACCGCAAGCUGAAAUUCCCCUUUAAGAGCAGCCCACAGCACCGGAUGUCCUGGGGCCCGAACAUGUCCGCUGCACAGGACGACGGUAAUGACGAGUGCGACGAUGCUCGAGGCCCUGCCCCCGGCUUUCCGCUGCUUCCUAUCCCGUUCCAAGUGCCAGUCAUCAUGCGCACGCCCUCUCCCUGUCGCCCCUUGCAGCCUCGCCACUACAGCAAUGGCAAUCAAUUUCAACAGCAACAGUGGCGCUACCGACGCAACUCGCUGGACGGCUCCACCAUGCCUGGCAACCAGGGUUAUUAUAGCAACGGUCACCACAACUCGCACCAACAGCAGGUGGGGCGUGGUCAUUACCGGCGACAGUCGCCGGGGCCUUGUACGCAUGGGGAAGUGGUGCACGCCGCACCAGCGUACACGCAAACAUACAACAAUCAUCAGCGAGUCGCUCUGCAGACGUACCAGACUCUACCGCACACACACGCAGAACAACAGCACGCCGCGAGAUGGACGAACAACCAAAAACACCAGGGCUACGUCACCCCCCCACGCAUGAGGCGCCAAUUCAGCGCACCCGACCUGAAGAGCAAAGAAACGCCUGUCUGAUGCGUGUGUGUGUGUGUGUGUGUGUGUUGUCAUGAUUGUUUUCUGGCUUAGUUAACACACAGUCUUGCGUAGUUCGUUCCAUAUUACAGAUUAUUCUGGCCAUGAACCGCCCUUACACGGGACGAGACCUAAUGUAAAGAUGUCAAGCGACCAAUCACAUUGCAGUUUUUACGUUGGAGUAAAUUUAGGGUGAAGUAGAAUGAUAUAAUCCUGGAUACUACCUACAGCAGCCAAUCGGAUCAGGGCUUGUCGUUUCGUGAAAGCUCUCCGUUUUUACGAGCGUUGUGCGUAACGCAGUGUUUGGGCGGUCCGAGGCUAGUGCACACAAACUCCGGUAACGCACAGUCGUUAGCGCCACUGUUUGUGUGUUUUAAGGAAGAUAUACCUCUCAGCAAUAACUCUGCCUUUGUGUUUGUUCAGCACUAGAUCUGGCAUUUAUAUAUUCUGCCUCAGUGUCUUAAUGUGUGCGUGCGUGUGUGUGUGUGUGUGUGCGUGCGUGCCCGCAAGUGUGUGUGUGUGCGUGCGCAUAAGUGUGUGUGUGUGUGUGUGUGCCGGCAAGUGUGUGUGUGUGUGUGCGUGCGCGUAAGUGUGUGUGUGUGUGUGUGCGUGCGUGCCCGCAAGUGUGUGUGUGUGUGCGCGUGUGUGUGUGUGCGCGUUCGUUCGUGCGCGUGUGUGUGCGUGCGCGUAAGUGUGUGUGUGUGUGUGUGUGCGUGCGUGGGCGCAAGUGUGUGUGUGUGCUGGCCUGCAAGUGUGUGUGUGUGUGUGUGUGCGUGCGCGUAAGUGUGUACGCGCGUGUGUGCAUGCGCGUGUGUGCGUGCUCGUAAGUGUGUGUGCGUGCGCGUAAGUGUGUGUGUGCGCGUAAGCCUGUGCGUGCGUGCGCAUAAGUGUGUGUGUGUGUGUGUGUGCGUGCGUGCGUGCCCGCAAGUGUGUGUGUGUGCGCGCGUGGGCGCAAGUGUGUGUGUGUGCUGGCCUGCAAGUGUGUGUGUGUGUGUGUGCGUGCGCGUAAGUGUGUGCGCGCGUGUGUGCGUGCUCGUAAGUGUGUGUGCGUGCGCGUAAGUGUGUGUGUGCGCGUAAGCGUGUGCGUGCGCAUAAGUGUGUGCGUCAGUGUGCAUGCGUGCGCGUAAGUGUGUGUGUGUGUGUGUGUGUGUGUGUGCAAGUGUAAGUGUGUGUGCGUGCGCGUAAGUGUGCAUGCGCGUAAGUGUGUGUGUGUGUGUGCACGUGUAUGUGUGCGUGCGCGCAAGUGUGUGUGUGCGUGCGUGCGCGCGUGUGUGUGUGUGUGUGUGUUAGUGAGAAUGAUUGCGUUAGUGAGUGUGUGUGUGUGUGUGUGUGUGUGUGCACGUGUAUGUGUGCGUGCGCGUGUGUGUGUGUGUGUGUUAGUGAGAAUGAUUGCGUUAGUGAGUGUGUGUGUGUGUGUGCACGUGUAUGUGUGCGUGCGUGCGUGCGUGCGCGUGUGUGUGUGUGUAUGUGUUAGUGAGAAUGAUUGCGUUAGUGAGUGUGUGUGUGUGUGUGCACGUGUAUGUGUGCGUGCGCGUGUGUGUGUGUGUGUGUGUGUGUUAGUGAGAAUGAUUGCGUUAGUGAGUGUGUGUGUGUGUGUGCACGUGUAUGUGUGCGUGCGGCGUGUGUGUGUGUGUGUGUGUGUUAGUGAGAAUGAUUGCGUUAG